AUGCAGUGCUACACUGAGAUAGCCCCGCCCACCGCCGUCAGCCAUGCCAUCAGCCUGCCCUUCGUGCACUCUAGGUCAAACAACCUAGUCGUCGCAAAGAACUCGCUGCUCCAGAUCUUCGAGCUCAAGGCGACCACGACCGAAGUCACCCCGGGCGGAGGAAACGAGUCGGAGAAUGCCGCGGCCAACCUCGACACAGAGGCGGCCGACGUGCCGCUGCAGCGCACCGAGAGCACGGCCAAGCUGGUGCUGGUGGGCGAGUUCCCCCUCGCCGGCACCGUCAUAUCGCUGGCGCGCGUGAAAGCGCUCAACACAAAGUCAAAGGGCGAGGCGCUGCUGGUGGCGUUUCGGGAUGCAAAGCUCAGUUUGGUGGAGUGGGACCCGGAGACGUACAACCUCCAUACAAUAUCAAUACACUACUAUGAGAACCCAGACUUGCCCGGCAUUGCCCCUUGGUCCGCUGAUCUCAAAGACACGUACAACUUCUUGACGGCAGACCCCAGCAGCAGAUGCGCCGCCCUCAAGUUCGGCACCCACAACCUCGCCAUUCUGCCCUUUCGCCAGCGUGAUCUCGUCGAAGAUGACUAUGAUUCCGAUGCCGAGGCUCCCAAGGAGACCAAGGCUGAGCAGGCGAAUGGCGAGCACAAGACCCCGUAUUCGUCCUCCUUCGUCCUCCCACUCACCAACCUCGACCCUACCCUCACACACCCCGUCCACCUCGCCUUUCUGCACGAGUACCGCGAACCCACCUUUGGCAUAGUCGCUGCCUCGCGAGCCACCGCCCCGUCAUUACUCGCCCACCGCAAAGACAUCCUCACCUACUCCGUCUUUACCCUCGAUCUCGAACAAAAGGCCUCUACUACACUCCUCUCAGUCACCGGACUGCCGUACGACAUUACGAGAGUAGUACCGCUACCAUCUCCAAUCGGCGGUGCUCUGCUAGUAGGAGGAAACGAGAUUAUACACGUCGACCAGGGAGGAAAGACGAAUGGUGUGGCCGUGAACGAGUUCGCCAAGGCCUGCACAUCAUUCCCGCUCAGCGACCAGUCAGACCUGGCCCUGCAAUUGGAAGGAUGCCAAGUCGAGCUGUUGUCGCAGGACACGGGUGAUGUGAUGAUCGUGCUCAACAGCGGGCGCAUCCUCAUCCUUACCUUCACCCUCGACGGUCGGACUGUAUCCGGAAUGACUAUUCAGACUGUCUCGGAAGACCAUGGUGGUCAGAUUCUCAAAGCUGCCGCCUCAUGUACGAGUAAUCUUGGCAGAGGGCGAUUGUUCGUUGGCAGUGAGGACGGCGAGUCAGUAAUGCUAGGCUGGACUGGCUCAUCCACUCAAUUGCGACGCAAGCAAACGAAUGCUGAUUCCGACGGCGACGAGGACAUGUCUGACGAGGAGGAUAUGGAUGAAAUGGAAGAUGAUCUCUACAACGAUACAGCCCCGGCGGUUCAAAAGAUCACCGCAGCUGUAUCCGAGCCCACGGCGCCAGGAACGUACACAUUCAGGAUACACGACGUCUUGCCAAGUAUAGCACCGAUAAAGACCGCCGUUCUCCAUCCUGGCAAGGUCACUGAUUCUUUGAACAAGGGCGAGAUCAUGCUGUCUACGGGUAGAGGGUCGGCUGGAGCCAUCACCGCUCUUGACCGCGAACUUUACCCUGUCAGUAUCGCAACCAAAGAGCUUCCCUCAGCGCAUGGCGUGUGGGCUGUGCAUGCUCGAAAGCAAGCCCCGGGAGAUGUGACUGCUGCAUUUGGAGAGGACACUGAAGCCAACAUGGCUACUGAUGUGGACUAUGACCAGUAUCUGGUUGUCUCCAAGACCAUCGACGACGGCACUGAAACUACUGUGGUCUACGAAGUCAACGGCAACGAGCUGACUGAAACCGACAAGGGCGAUUUUGAGCGUGAAGAAGGCUCAACUCUCUUUGUGGGUGUGCUGGCCGCUGGCACAAAGGUUGUCCAGGUCAUGCGGACAGAGGUCAGGACGUACGAUUCGGAACUUAAUAUGGACCAAAUCCUACCCAUGGAAGACGAAGAGAACGGAAACGAGAUCAACGUCAUCAACGCCAGUUUCGCAGACCCCUACCUACUGAUCCUGCGCGAGGACUCCAGUGUCAAGAUUUUCAAGGCUACCGGUGAUGGAGAGCUUGAAGAUGUUGAAGCGACUGGGCUGACGGGAACAACAUGGCUUUCGGCCAGUCUCUUCAAGUCGUCCAGCUUCACGGAAGUCUUUGCCUUUCUCCUGACACCAGAAGGUGGUCUUCGCGUAUUUGCCAUGUCCGACAUGGAGAAGCCGUGUUACGUUGCUGAGACAUUGAGCUUCUUACCGCCGGUACUAGCAAUGGAUUAUGUUCCUAAGCGGAGUGCGAUCAAAGCUACCAUCACCGAGAUUCUAGCCGCGGACUUGGGGGAUGCGACUACAAAGUCGCCUCAUUUGAUCAUCCGCACUUCCAGCGAUAACCUCGUCAUCUACAAGGCUUUCCAUUCUCCAUCAAGAUCUGCUUCGGAACUCUGGACUCAAAACCUGAGAUGGGUCAAGCUGUCGCAACAACACAUACCCAGAUACAUCGAAGAUGCAGGUUCUGAGGACCAAGGGUUCGAAAGUACACUGCUAGCAGUGAGCGAUAUCUGUGGCUACAGUACCGUCUUCCAGCGAGGCACAACCCCGGCUUUCAUCUUCAAGGAGUCAUCAAGCGCACCACGCGUGAUUGGCCUUAGUGGCAAGCCCGUCAAGGGUCUCACAUCAUUCCACACAUCGAACUGCCAGCGCGGGUUCGCAUACCUUGAUUCUACAGACACGCUGCGUAUCUCACAACUUCCGCCUCAAACACACUACGGUCACCUCGGAUGGGCAACACGGCGCAUGCCCAUGGAUGCGGAGGUGCACGCCCUUGCCUACCACCCGGCAGGACUAUACGUUGUUGGAACGGGCCAAUUUGAAGAGUACCAACUGGAUCCUAGUGAGACUUACCACUACGAACUGCCCAAGGAAGACAUGAGCUUCAAGCCCAAGAUUGAGCGUGGCGUCCUGAAACUACUAGACGAGAAGUCCUGGACCAUCAUCGACACGCAUGUACUAGAUCCCCAGGAAGUCAUCCUCUGCAUCGAAACGCUCAACCUCGAAGUCAGCGAGGUAUCACACCAGCGCAAAGACCUCAUCGCAGUCGGCACUUCGAUUGUACACGGCGAAGACCUCGCAACUAAGGGUUGCAUCCGUAUCUUCGAAGUCAUCACCGUAGUGCCCGAACCGGAUCGCCCGGAGACCAACAAACGCCUUAAGCUCAUCGUCAAGGAUGAAGUUAAAGGCGCGGUAUCCGCCAUCUCAGGGCUAGGAACACAAGGCUUCAUGAUCAUGGCUCAGGGACAGAAGUGCAUGGUCCGAGGUCUCAAGGAAGACGGCACCUUGCUGCCAGUCGCGUUCAUAGACAUGCAAUGUUACGUCAGCGACUUGAAGAAUCUGCCUGGAACGGGUAUGCUGGCUAUGGCAGAUGCAUACCGGGGUGUUUGGUUCACAGGGUAUACAGUAAGUUUUCUGAUUACAGUAACUCGGCCCUAUGAGAUAUGA